CCUGUGCGGGGGAUCCGCGCCCGGCGGCGGCUCCGUUGCUGCUGGGUCGCUCCCUCCGGACGAGGAAGGCGCAGCUCCGCGCUGGGGCGAGGGAGCGGGACCCCCGGCACGCACCUCGGCACUGCGGCGGACGCCGUCGGGGCUCCCUCGCCAAAGAUGGGUGUGUUCGCUCUGGAGAGCCCUGCGGUCGCCCCUCUGCAGAAGAAGCGGCUGGACUUCGAAGAUGCAUCUGAGGCUGACCUGCCAGAGGCCAAGCGGCCGUGUCUUGGGCCACUGCCAGGACUAGCGCCCUGCCUCCAGCCCCUGGCUCACUCUCCGCCUUCCACGGAGCCGGUUUCAAGGGUCUCGCAGAUUGGCCCCUACAUCCUUCUGGAGGCCGCCGAAGGGGGGCGCCGCUACAGGGCCGUGAACAAGCACACCGAGGCGGAAUACACCUGCAAGGUGUACCCGGCCAAGAGCUACGCAGAGGUGCUGGCCCCGUACGGCGUCCUCCCCUCGCAUCCGAACGUCGCCCGCCUGGCCGAGGUGAUCGUCGGGGACCAGAACGUGUACCUCUUCCUCGAGCCCGGGAAGGAUGACAUGCACAGCUAUGUACGGCGGCGCAAGCGCCUGCCCGAGUGCGAGGCCGUCGCGCUCUUCCGGCAGAUGGCGGACGCGGUCGCCCACUGUCACCAGCACGGCCUCGUCCUCCGCGACCUCAAGCUGAGGAAGUUUGUCUUUGCCGACAGAGGCAGGUCCAGGCUGCUGCUGGAUAAUUUAGAGGACGCCUGGGUGCUGGACGGGCCCAGUGACUCCCUGGAGGACCGGCACGGCUGCCCCGCCUACGUGGGGCCCGAGCUGCUCAGUCCCAAGGCCUCCUAUUCCGGGAAGGCGGCGGACAUCUGGAGCCUUGGCAUCGCGCUCUACACGCUCCUCGUGGGGUGCUACCCCUUCCAAGACACCAAGCCGGCCUCGCUCUUCGGCAAGAUCCGCCGCGGGCGCUUCGCUGUCCCCGAGGACCUCUCGCCCAAGUCUCGCUGCCUCAUCCGCUGCCUCCUGAGAAAAGACCCGGCUGAGAGGCUGACGGCCGGCGAGAUCCUGAUGCACCCCUGGCUGGCUGCUGGCAGCCCCCCCGGGGGCUCCUGGAGCAGGCCCCCUGCAGAGCAGGGGCCUGAGCAGGUGGUCCCGGAGGCGGCAAACCUCAGGGGGGAGGAGGCCCCCGAGGAAGAGGAGGGCCUCUCCAGAUGAGCCAAGGCGGUGAGCUCUGACGCGCGUUUCACUGCGGAAGGCCGUCCUCUCCGACUCCGGGGUGAGCGCCGGCCCACCGAAUGCCCUUGAACGGCAGCCGGAGGCUCUCCCGCCGGCACUCAGGGAAGAAGGCGCCUGUGCCUCUCGGCUGGGGCAAGGCGGGCGGUGGCGCCUCCCUUGUGCCAAUGGGCAUGCAUGCGCGUGCCAAAGAAACACUUCCGGGCUCCGUGACCGACGGCCACGUCUCCUGCAGGAAGAUGGGCGUGCCUGGCACACCUCUCCCGCCCCGAGUGAAGGAUCCGGGCGUGAACCCCUGUCCGCAGAAGCUUUGGAAACAGAAGCCCCUCCGGGGUUCCCAGAGGAAGAGUCUGGUCGCAGAAGGCCAGGCGGCGGGUCCUCCUCCUCCUCCUCCUCCGUGUCCGGGGCGCAGGUCUGGGACUGCCCAUCUGGGAUCCAGCAGGGCCUUGGCUGAGCCCUCAGAGGAGCAGCUGCCAUCCGUCGCCAGACAAUUGCGCUCCCUUGUCUCAGCGCAUGAUGCGCGGGCGCCGGUGGGCCAGUGGCCCGGAGGGAGGGGACGGGGCUGGGUCACGGGGGUCCUCACGCUGUCCCGUCUUGAGGACAGCUAAAUAAUAGGUCCCGCGGGAUACGGUCCAGCUCCUGCCCCCCAUUCCCCAUCCUAGUUUCGAGUGCAGUGCUUCUGAUUCCUGCCCUGUUAUCAAAGAAGGCUCGGGGUGGGGCGGGAGGGCGAUGUGUGGCCCCAGCCUGUCUAUCUACUUGAAUUUAUUGCACUACUUGAUGUGGUUUAGGGCCGGGAAGGGCACACUGGUAGCUCCCUGUGGGGGCAUCCCCAGUUGCCUCCCCCCGUUCCCCGCAGCCGGGUGUGGCAGGGCGGUGCAGAGUUGCCCUGCCUUGCUCGAGAGCUGCUGAUCCCCACUCGGCCGGGUUCCAGCUCAUCCCCCCCAAGAUCUGGCGCUGUGUCCUCCCCUGGGAAAAGGCUGACUGGGGGCCACCGGGGGGGGGGGCUUUAUGGCACAGAAAAUGGCCAGGUGGCCACCCCGAUUCCCUGGGAACGGCACCUGGGUCCCCGGCUGAAUCUUUUGCCCCUUUGCCAAGCGGCUGAUCAAAGACCCUGGAGCUGUUCCCACCAAGUCAGGUCAAGAUGGGGCAUCGUCGGAGGGGAGUCAGGCCCAAACAACACAGAAGUCGAGCCGCCACGUCAAAAGGGUCGCGAGGGUCAUCCCUCCGACUGCUCCCUCCCUCAUAAAACAAGCCAGCAGUGGCCCCACGGAAGGUUCUUUUCGGCCCACAAGCAAGCCUAGCCCUGGGCAGCAGCAGGCGGCCCCCCGCCCCCCAGAAAAAAACACCUUCCUGGCUUUGUGCUCACGUAGCAUCGCUGUGCCUUCUCCUUCCUGACCAAAUAGCAACACGACAACCGGAGGCCACGGCUCUCCGGGGUCUUUUAACAAAGUGCAUUUAUUUUUCUGUCUCUUGGAAAAUAAAAGACCUGUUGAUUUGC